AAAAUGGAUCCGGAUCCGAAUACUUACCCUCUCCUCUCUUACGUCAUCACCCACCUCGCUUCCGUCAAACCCUCCGCCAUCAAUUCGCCACAAAUCGUGAGCCAAAUGCCCCACCUAUCCCGUCCCAACGUCAUCACCUCGAUGAAAGAUGCAGUCUCCGAUGUGUCCAAAGCCCGCUCCUUUAUCCAAAAUCUAGGCCCACGUCCUGACAAAGAGCUCAUUGAUAAGGCCCGAUCCAAACUCGCGGAAAUCGAAUCCAGUCUCGUCGUAUCCUUGGAAGAAUUGUUCUUGUGUCCUCGACCCGGUGAGGUGGAUCUACUCGAGUGGCGGGCCUUCUUGGCGGAACAGGAGCUUGAGAUUCGACAAGAUACCGACGGAGAGAAACGUCCUCAGCUUUUGAUUUUGCAAUUGAAUGAGAUGCACGAGGCGUACGUGAAACUACUCAAGGAAGCGGAAGAGAGGUUGGUUAAGAUUUACGAGGAUGAGGCGGAAAAUUCCGACGAAGCUAAUGCGGAGCUCGCUAGGAUAUUACAGGAAGCGGAAGGGAAUCCACCGGAAAGAAUAUAUUUAUCCGAAAGAAAGCUCCGAUCUCUUCCGCCGGAGUUCGGGAAUAUUAAUAGCUUGCUUUUGCUUAAUCUUUCCUCUAAUGAGCUUAAGGUUAUUCCCGAGUCCAUUGCUAGAUUAGAAAACCUGGAAGAGCUUAAUCUUUCUUCCAAUCUUCUGGAAUCACUACCGGACCCGAUUGGAUUGCUUCGGAACUUGAAAAUCUUUAACGUUUCUGGAAAUAAACUUAAUUUCGUACCCGACACCAUUUGUCUUUGCAGAUCUUUGAUAGAAUUAGAUGUGAGCUUCAAUUCCCUGUCAUGCUUGCCAACUCAUCUCGGCAGAUAUUUAGGUAAUCUACGAAGGCUUUCGAUUCAUUUUAACAAGAUUCGAUCCCUGCCUUCUUCUAUCGGUGAUAUGAGUGCUUUGUGUUUCCUGGAUGCUCACAUGAAUGAACUUUCUGGCCUUCCCGAUGAGAUCGGGAGAUUGACAAAUCUUGAGAUCCUCAACCUGAGCAGUAAUUUCACUAAUUUGACGCAACUUCCCAACACGAUCGGUGGAUUGAUCAAUCUUAAAGAGCUUGAUCUCAGUCACAACCAGAUUCAGGCUCUCCCCUAUACAUUCGGCCGUCUCGACAAGCUAGCGAAACUCAAUUUGCUACACAAUCCUCUCGACAUUCCGCCUCCGGAAGUGAUAAACGAAGGUGUCGAGUCAAUAAAGAAUUACAUGCACGACUUACUUGUUGAGGAAGAAAGAAAGAGCAGCCUAGAGGGAAAUGAACAGACACAGAACGGGUGGUUAACACGCGGCGGCUCGUGGUUGAUGAGUUCAGCUUCAUUCGUCGGUGGAAGCAUCUCGGGCUACCUUAUCGGAGGUGCUCCCAAGAACGCCGCCUAUCUUGAGGAAGCACGAUAAUUUCAUAGUCCAUCUUUAA